AUGUUAAAUUCAAAAUCCAAACAAUCAUUUUGUCCUUUUAUAUCAAUUUAUUCAUAUUUUAUCAUAUUUAUUCUUAUAUUUAUAAUUAGUUUUUUGUUUUUAUUUCAUACAAAAAAUUCUCAUAUAUCAAUAAAUCAUCGUCUAAAAAGACAAAUUCCAAAUGGUAAUGAUAAACAACAUUAUAUAACUAUGUUACGUCGAACACUAUCACAUCGAACAACAUCAUCUGUAUUAGCUGAUUGUACAAUAAAUAUGGCACUAGAUGGAAUUUAUAGAUUGCCAGCAGAAAAUUCUUUGGCAUCACAAGUUAUUCUUUUAAUUGAACAAUCUUUGCAAAAUGAGAUUUUUGCAUUAAGACGGACAACAAAAAAGAUUCGUAUGCAAUUAAAUCAAACAACAAAUUAUAUCAAUAGUGAUACAUUAGAAAAAUUUCGUAAAGAUUUUAGUCUGGAUAUACGUAUAUUAUUAGCUAGUCAUAUGCAUAUAAAAGAGGUUGAUGUGAGAAUGUUACCAUAUGAUACUAUUGGAUCAUAUUUUAUUAGAUAUUCGCGCAUGAAUGCUUCAAUAUCAAAUAUAAUUGAAUAUGAACAAAUAAGUGAAGAUAUUAUUAAGCAAGACACUAUUUUACAAACAUUUACAAUAUCAAACGUACGUGAGACAAUAGAUAAUGAUCCACAACGUAUAUUAACUACAGAUGGCUGGUGGCUUGGACCAGUUUUAUGUUCAAAAAAUAAAGAUGAAACUUUUAUUAUGGCAAAUAUUUUCCCACUAUCUAAUCAUCUCAUAUUUAUCAGUUAUUUUAACAUAUCUUCUGUUGAUAUUAAUCAAUGUGCAAGUAACGAUGUACCCUUUGGAGGUACAAAUAAAUGUCCAAAUAGUAUGAAGUGCUAUCAUCAAUCUGGACAAGGUUUUACAUUAGGCGCAUAUGAAUGUUAUUGUAAAGGUCCACAUGGUAAUGCAACAAUAACUUUUGGUGGUCAAGACUUGGAAUGGAAUGAAACAAAUAAUGACAUGUCAACGACACCAAAAAUCAAUACAUGUGAAUGUAAUCCCCAUUUAUGUUUAAUAAAACAUAAUCAUUUUCUACGUACAAUAAUCUUCAUAAUUCAAUCAAUCUUUAUUGUUUUUGUUGCUAUACUUGCUGCUAUUAUAUUUCAAAGACGUAAAAUAAAAAUUAUUAAACAUUCAAUGUGGAUUUUACUUGAAUUAGUUCUUCUUGGAGCAGCAUUACUUUAUGGAUCCGUUAUGGCUGAUAGCUUUGGUCCGCAUGGAAUCGUUUGUUUAAUAAUGCCUUGGCUUCGUGAACUUGGUUUUACAAUUGUUUACGGUACAUUAAUCUUACGCAUUUAUAAAAUGUUAGCAGAAUUUCAAUCGCGUAAAGCACAUUGUGUACAAGUAAAAGAAAAAGAUAUUUUACGAAUAUUAUUUUUUAUAUCUGUAUCAAUCACUGGCUAUUUACUUGGUUGGACAUUUGUUAACAUCGAUCACGCAAAUGAAGAUCUUUCUCUAGAAGAAUAUUUAUUAGGACAUGGUUUUACUUAUAAAAAUAAAAGUUAUUUUCAAACAUGUCGACCACGUUCAUGGGAUUAUCUUGUUCAAUUUGCUGAAUUUAUUUUUCUUUGUGUUGGAAUCCGUUUUAUUUAUAGUACAAGAACAGCUCCAUGUGAAUAUCAUGAACGUAAAUUAAUUACUAUUGUUAUCGUUUGUGAAAUGCUUUUCUCAACAUUACUUCAUGUUAUCAAAGAUUGUUUAUGGGCAUCAAUUCAUCCAGAUACUCUUUUUAUGUUAUCAUUUUGUCGAUGUCAUUGUACAGUAACAUGUAUGAUAAUAUUUAUAUUUUGUACAAAAUUAUGUUAUAUAUUUCGACCUGUUCAUGAAGAGUAUAGUGGAAGAGAUCGAUUUCGUUCGUUACCUGAUGGUGUUGAAACAACAGAUUUAGUUGCUAAAUUACAAUCGAAUGGUGAUAUUGAAUUUGGUGAAUUGAAUAUACGAGAUAUGGAUCCAGAAGAAAUUCGAGCGGAAUUAAAACGUUUAUAUACAUCGUUACAUGUUUUAAAAACCAAGACAAUGCGCAAAGACAAUCCACAUUUAACGAAACGACAUGGACAAAGGCGAAAAAAUCGUCGAUUUUCCAUGCAAGCAUUUCAACGUCAUGGCGGAACAGGGACCAGUAUCGUUGGUGGAACAAUAAGUAACAUAUUAGGAAGUGGAUCAGAUAAACAUGAUCAUGAUCUCACCAAAACACCUGAAGAUAGCACAGGAAGUCAUAAUGAAACGACACAUCUCGGUGGUUUGAGCGUUUAUCGUACUAGUAUUGAUGAUGCUGAUGAUAUUCGCGGAAGAGCAUUAUCAGAUGUAGCGAUACCACCAUCAACAACAACUGUUCAACGAGUUACAUUUAAAUGA